CCAGUUGAUGCCAUGGUUAAUUUAACCGAUUUACGAUAAUAGCCUGCCUAGGACAUUCAGACUCAUUUAUGAAACCGAUCGAUAUUGAUUGCAUGGAUACUUGUGUUAUAAAAUGUCACGUCAAUUUGAAGGAGUUUGCGGAAUUAAAUUAUUAUUCCAAUUGAGAUGUCAUCUGUCAUGGACUGAGCGCUGGUGCAGAUGGCUGCCUGGGCAGAGGAUCCCUGUUGCUAGGGAGACUUCACCACAGAGACAUGGAACUUGAGAGAGCAAAUAGAGGAGGGGUCAGAAGAAACCCUCACCUAGGGUAAACUACAGAGACAGGAAAGAGAAGAAGAGGAGGAGAAAGGAGAGGUCCAAAGAGGAAGAAAGGACUGAGGGAAGAGAAGGAGAGUCAUAGAGAGUCUCAGGAUGGGUUAUGACCUGGAGAGGUUUGUGGGGUACGUGAACGAGGGGCUUCUGUGCUGUGUGUGUCGGGAUGUGUUGGAGCUCCCCCUCCAGGCCCCUUGUGAACAUGCCUACUGUGACGCCUGCAUCAGCUCCUGGCUCAUACACCACCACUCCUGCCCUGAGGACAGACUUCCACUGGACAUCAGCACUCUGAGACCACUGCACAGGUACAUGCGUAAUGACCUGUCUAGGCUCCAGAUCCGUUGUGUUAACUCUGGCCAGGGCUGUGAUGCCGUCUGCUGCCUGGAGACACUUCACACACACGAGGACGAGUGUCCAUUCACCUUCAUAUCCUGCUCCUCCACAGGUUGUCCGGUGCAGGUGGAGAGGAGGGGUCUAGAGUCUCACCUGUUAGAGUGUGAGUUCCGCAGCAGGGCGUGUCUUAGCGGCUGUGGCCACACGCCCCUCUCUGUAGACCAAUCACAGCACAACUCUGUUGCGGAGCUACGAACAGAAUUGGAGCUGCUCAGGGCAGAGAUGUUGGGUAAGGUGGAGGAGGUGAGGCGUGAGAUGGAGUCGAGGCUGGACUCUCAGAGGAGACACAUGGUGCAGAAAGAGGCUCUGCUGAAGAGCGAGGUGGAGGACCUCAAGGGCCAGGUGUCGAGGGUGAUGUGUGAUGUGCGGGCUCUCUUGGGGGCUGAGCGCCUGCGGAGACAGGAGCUGGCAGAAGCGGAUCUAGAGAAGAGGGAGCUACUGGAGAUGCUCCGGAGCCUGCAGCCAUGCAGGGGCCAGCGGAACAGAGACGAGCCAAUCAGAGGACUGCAUCAAGACGGGACAAUUAGGAGCCAGCAUCAAGUGGAACACCCAACCAGGGGCCUGCUGAGGGCGGGGCCAACACAGGCUUCUACUCAAUCACUAACCUCGGCGUUGCCCACUCCAGCCUUAUACCCGCCUACCUCCCCACAGCCAGGGGAGGGGUCACGCAAGGCCUGCCCCCGCAGCCUUACCCUCGACUGCAUCAAGAGCAGAGAGGUCACCGUCAUCUGAGGGGCCAUUCCUAAUGUUACUGGGUUAUGUUCAGUACUGGGUUAUGUUCAGUACUGGGUUAUGUUCAGUACUGGGUUAUGUUCAGUACUGAGUUAUGUUCAGUACUGGGUUAUGUUCAGUAGGCACAAAUGAGAGAAAAUGCUUUAACUUCCUCAAUUCCUCCUUCAUUUAACAGUCACAGAUUUUUUAAAUCUGGUGUGGCAUCUCCUGAACCCACCCUUGUUGCAUCUCCUGAACCCACCCUUGUUGCAUCUCCUGAACCCACCCUUGUUGCAUCUCCUGAACCCACCCUUGUUGCAUCUCCUGAACCCACCCUUGUUGCAUCUCCUGAACCCACCCUUGUUGCAUCUCCUGAACCCACCCUUGUUGCAUCUCCUGAACCCACCCUUGUUGCAUCUCCUGAACCCACCCUUGUUGCAUCCCCUGAACCCACCCUUGUUGCAUCUCCUGAACCCACCCUUGUUGCAUCUCCUGAACCCACCCUUGUUGCAUCUCCUGAACCCACCCUUGUUGCAUCUCCUGAACCCACCCUUGUUGCAUCUCCUGAACCCACCCUUGUUGCAUCUCCUGAACGCACCCUUGUUGCAUCCCCUGAACGCACCCUUGUUGCAUCCCCUAAACGCACACUUGUUGCAUCUCCUGAACCCACCCUUGUUGCAUCCCCUGAACGCACCCUUGUUGCAUCUCCUGAACCCACCCUUGUUGCAUCUCCUGAACGCACCCUUGUUGCAUCUCCUGAACGCACCCUUGUUGCAUCCCCUGAACGCACCCUUGUUGCAUCUCCUGAACCCACCCUUGUUGCAUCCCCUAAACCCACCCUUGUUGCAUCUCCUGAACCCACCCUUGUUGCAUCUCCUGAACCCACCCUUGUUGCAUCCCCUGAACGCACCCUUGUUGCAUCUCCUGAACCACCCUUGUUGCAUCCCCUGAAUGCACCCUUGUUGCAUCCCCUGAACGCACCCUUGUUGCAUCUCCUGAACCCACCCUUGUUGCAUCCCCUGAACGCACCCUUGAUGAUUGGCAGAUACCUGUGACAUUGCUUCAACUCAGAGAAAACCAGCCUGCUGAGAUCCUAAAUAAAGUCUGCUGAAACA